AUGUCGAGGGUUGGCUCAGCUGUAGUCACCUAUUUUCGAAGACAUAGUAGAAAAGAAUGGAUCGAUUAUUUUACGUCCACUCAUUUUUGGGGUCCCGUUGCUAACUGGGGCAUUCCGCUAGCGGCACUGGCUGAUCUAAAGGCUCAAAUAAGUGGUGGUUACGCUAAGAAUCCCGAUUUGAUCUCUGGAAACAUGACUGUGGCACUCUGCCUAUACUCUUCCGUAUUUAUGAGAUUCGCAUGGCACGUCCAACCUCGGAAUCUGUUACUCUUCGCCUGUCACUUCACAAAUUUGUCGGCUCAAUCGGCGCAGCUUGCAAGGUUUCUAAAUCACAACUAUCUGCACAUUAUCGAAGAUCCUAUUGCGAAGAAGGAUCGCAUUAACGAGGAAAGGGAUGAUAGAGUCAGAGGUCUUCACAACAAGAUGUAG